AUGGCCUCGUCGUCCAUCGGACAAGAUGGUGGUGCUCCGCCGCAACUGCACAUCAGCCCGCCGGGCACCGCAUAUGCCAGCGCAUCCUCCACGUCCGCAGCACCACCACCGGUGAAGCGACCGCCGCAUGGACGCGCACGCUCGUCGUCGCUCGUGUCGGUGACGCGCGUCGAGGAGACGCACGAGGAGAUGAUCGACCAGUCCACCGGCUUCAACGCCAACGCCGACUGGGUCAACUACAAGGGCGCGUGGGUCAUCCACGUCGUGCUCAUCCUGCUCGCCAAGAUCCUGCUCGACGUCAUCCCCGCCAUGCAGCAGGACACCUCCUGGACGCUCGUCAACCUCGGAUACAUGGCGCUCUCCUACAUCAUGUUCCACUACGUCACCGGCACCCCCUUCGAGUCCAACGCAGGCGUAUACGACCAGCUCACGCUGUGGGAGCAGAUCGACGAGGGCGCACAGUACACCCCCGCCAAAAAGUGGCUCACCUCGGUGCCCAUCGGCCUCUUCCUCAUCUCGACGCACUACACGCGCUACAACCCGCUGCUCUUUGGGCUCAACUUUUGCGCACUCCUCUUUGUGCUCUUCCCCAAGCUCCCCAUCCUUCAUCGCCUCCGAUUCCGCUUCUUUGCUCCACCGCCCACCCCCAGCCCGUAUCCGAGCCAGCCGCCAACACCCACCGGCACGCGUGCGCCCAGCCAGCCUUAUUGA